GAAGACAAACUCACUGCAGAGGAGGACGCGGAGGAGGAGGAGGAGGAGGAGGAAGCCGGCGAGGAUGAAGCAGAAGAAGAUGGUGAUGGAGAAGCCGAGGACGGAGAAGAAGACGCAAAACCAAAAUUUAAGCCAUUUAGUAUGCCCAACCUCAUCCCGCCUAAAAUUCCAGAUGGAGAGAAAGUGGAUUUUGAUGACAUCCAUCGCAAACGUAUGGAGAAGGACCUGAUGGAGCUUCAGACAUUGAUUGAGGUUCAUUUUGAAAGCAGAAAGAAAGAGGAAGAUGACAUCAUACAUCUCAAGGAGAGGAUAGACAAGCGUCGCUCUGAGCGAGCAGAGCAGCAGAGAAUCCGUAGCGAGCGAGAGAAGGAGCGACAAAAGCGUCUGGAGGAGGAGCGAGCUCGUAAGGAGGAGGAAGAGGCCAAGAAAAGAGCGGAGGAAGAUGCCAAGAAGAAGAAAACACUGACAAGUCUGCACUUUGGAGGUUACAUGCAGAAACUGACUGAGAAGCGCAGCGGCAAGAAGCAGACUGAGAGGGAGAAGAAGAAGAAGAUCCUGAGUGAAAGACGUAAAUCUCUGGACGUCGACAACUCCAACGAGGAGCAGCUCAAAGGAAAAGCUCAGGAGUUUUGGGAGUGGAUGCACCAGUUGGAGGCGGAGAAGUUUGAACUGCAGCACCAGAUCAGCCUCCACAAAUAUGAGAUCAAUGUACUGAGGAACCGCAUAAGUGACCAUCAGAAAACAUCCAAGAGAACCAAAAGGGGACUGAGGAAAUAGGUGCUGAUGCACGAUUUAGCCGUCCUUCACCAAACAAAAACCGGACCACAGCCUCAACUUUUUCCUAUGAAAAUUUGAUCAUACUGUGUGUGCUUAGCUGUACUUAUAAAUAUAAAUAAGACCCUUUUAGUCCAGUCAAGACAGCACUUGUCUGCAUACAUACAGAACUAAAGAUUAAAAAAAGCCUAAAGCAAAAAAAGGAUCUUUUUAACGAGACAGGCUCUGACAUGACUGGCAACAUGCUCCUCUU